AUGGCUUUACCUUGGCAUAUUCCUCUCGAAGCAAUUUCUAGUUUAAAAGAAAAUGAACGCCCUAUUGAAUCCUCACUAUUAUUACAUUAUUGCAAUUUGAAUAUUCAUAAAAAUCCUUGCGAAGAACUUCAGUCAGGCCUUAUGUGUGAAAUAGGUAUGAAUAAUAAAGAACCAUCGGUUAUACAAAGACUUAUUGCCUCGGGAAUGACUGUAGCACGAUUAAAUUUGCGAGAUUUGGAACCCGAUGCUAGUGCACAAUUGAUACAAAGUAUACGGCAGGCUGUGUUUAAUUACAGUACAGAACUUGAAUACGUUUAUCCUUUAGCAUUAAUUGUUGACGUACGAGGUCCCGAUAUUGUAACCGGGGAUCUGAAAGGUGGUCCCCACACCAUGAUUGAGCUAGUUCAAAAUGAAAUAAUUAGACUGACAACAGACCCAAGUUGGCGAGAAUGUGGUACGAUAGACUGUUUAUUUAUUGGAUACGAUCAUUUAACCGAAUUACACCCAAGUGAUAUUAUCUAUAUUGAUAGUUUAACAUCAGGAAAAAUUAAGCUAUCUGUGUUAGAAGUUGGAGAUGAUUCUAUUGAAUGUAAUAUUUUAAGUGGUGGCACAAUUGGAGCUAAAAUGACGGUUAGAAUAACUAAAGUUCCAAAUGAUGUCGAUACUGGUAAUAAAAAAAAUCUUGAGAAUUUUGACUUAAUUUCGUCCGACUCUUCACAACAACCUUUUGAAUACAUGGAAGAUCAGAUAGCUUGGGCAGUAGCUUUUGACAUAGAUGCUGUUUUGGUACCUAAUGCGCAAAAUUCUCAAGAUAUACGUUACGUCAGAAAUAUCCUUUCCGAAAAAGGCAAACAUAUUCUUGUCUUUGCUUGUAUAGAUUCAGUUGUGGGUCUAGACAACAUUGACAUUUUACUAUCAGAAGCUGAUGGAAUAUACAUUGAUAAAUGUGUUUUGAGUACAGAUUUACCCGUAGAAAAAAUAUUUAUUGCUCAGAAAGUUAUUUUAGCUAAAUGUAAUUAUGCUGGAAAGCCUUGUAUAUGUAAGGCUGUUAUAAACGAACAAAUUCCUACUUUGUGUGUAACUGACAUUGCAAAUCUUGUUUUGGAUGGUGCUGAUGUUCUUUCUUUGGAAAUACAUUAUGAUUCACCUCUUAAAAAAAUUUCUCCGUCAUUCGACGCGUUUCGUAUGGCGGAACAUUGUAUAGCGGCUGCAGCGGUUAUUUGUAGACAAGCUGAAAGUAUAGUCUGGCAACCAAAAACGUACGGCAAUUUAAAAUUAAUGCAAAAUACACUCGAAGAGCCUUCUAAAGCUGUAUGUGUAACUGCAGUCGAGUUGGCUAUGCGUUCUCAAGCAGUUGUUAUAAUUUGUUUAACAAACUCUGGACGUACUGCAAAAAUACUUUCGCAUGCUAAGCCAGCUUGUCCUAUCGUAGCUGUCACGAGAUCUUGUCAUGCCGCAAGACAAUUACGGUUCUGGAGAGGCAUACGAGCUAUGCACUACUUUGAAGAUGCUAAAAAUACAUGGAUUCUAGAAGUUGAGAACCGUAUACAUUCAGCUCUUGAUUAUUGCAAAGCAAAAAGGAUGUUAUGUGCAGGUGACGCUUACGUUGUAGUAACAAGUUUUCGUCGAGGUGUUGGAUAUUGCGAUUCUGUUAGACUUUUAUAUGCUAGUGCUCGUGAUACUGUAUUUGUUGAAUAA